UCGCGAUUCUAGCCCGACAGUUCGAGUACGAAAAUAAGGCCAAACAAAAGCGUACCAAGAAGAAGAUAAACAGAGCCAGCAAGUGCCCGAAUCCGACGAAUGAAUCAUCUUCGGUUUUUAUGGUCGUCAUACUACAGAGUGAUUAAAUUUCACUCAUAGAACAAUGUUAAUGCCACGAUAUAUGGGCCUGAACGACAGCACUUCGUCGUCGGGCAAAAAUGCAUCCAGCUCGUCCUCAUCCAGCGGGAGCCCAGCCAUCACGGUGGCCGCCCACACGAAGAUGCGUCUGCUGAACAAAGUGGAGCACAACAUGCGUCAGAGCCAAGGUCAGAGCCAGAGCCAGAAUAUCAACAGCCUCAUCAGCACGGCCGCAACGGGCAAUGGAGUUGUGGGCGAUGUGGACGGCCUACUCAUGCCCAUGCGCAUUGAGGUGAACCAUUCGCCGCCACCCGCAGUCGUGCCGAUGGGCCCAGGCAUUGGUGGGGGUGGGGCCAAGAGCGAUGUUGUUGUCCAUGCAAACACGCGGCCGGAGCGCAACCUGUGGAGUCGACCCGAGAUGCUGGAAAUGCUGAGCAUAAUGCAGAACAUCAAUGCGCUUGAGAAGCUGCACGAUCGGAACACAAAGAGCGAGCACGUGUUCCGGCAGGUCGAGACGAUAAUGCGCAGCAAGGGAUACGUGAAAAAGUCGAGCAUUCAGAUCUGGACCAAGUGGAAGUUCCUUAAGUCCACCUACAACACAACGACGCGGUACGGCACUGGAGUGCCCAAGGUGGUGCCUGAGGAGGUCUACCGCGUCCUCUGCCGCAUGCUGGGUGGCGGUGAUGGCCUUAACGCCAGUGGCAGCCUCAGCGAAUGCGGCAACUCCAUGGACAGCUCCAAGACUAUGGGCGAGGAGGAUGAAAUGGGCGUGGAACAUCCCAUAUUUGGCUUUCGUUUGGGCCUCGUGAAACCGGAGCCCAUUGAUACAGGCUACGAAACAGCGCCGAAGGACGUGAUAUCCGAGCCAGACUUGGAAGCUUUCAACAACGAGGCACACAAUCGCGGUGAUCCCGACAACGUGCCCCACAUGCCCAUCAUUGUUUCGGUGAAGCACGAGCCCGAAGUGGACCUGGGCAUGGACGGCACAAACACCCCGCCUCCCACGGCUCCAGCAUCUCCCACGCCGCCGCCAGUGAGCGUGGAACUUAAUGCUGAUGAUUCCAAUCACAUGUACACACCCUCGCCAAUAAUGCCACCGCUGCGAGUGGCGUCGUUUGCCAAGGAUGAGCUGAAAAGGCCCACCCACGGCAUACUGCAGAUCGAUCGUCCGCCGUCGUCCCUAGGGCAAAUGGGACCGUUUCCAGGCCAACACGACAAAGGCACCCGCUCGAUGGCACUGCAGAGCACGAGCAGCAUCAACUUCGUGCAUCCCACCAGCAAGCUAAUGCUGCCCCGGAAGCAGCCCGUGCGCCUGCCACGUGACAUCAGUGUCCAGCCGGCGGGAAUGCGCCUCAAGUCGGUGCCCAUGCGGGAGACGGGUUAUUCGCUGCGCCCCGAACGCAUGAUUCCCGAUCUGGGACAUUCUAUAUCGCCACCACAGUCCCCGACGCCACCGCCCCCCAUCUACUCACAGAGCGUACUGCGGGGCCCUCCUCCUAGGUACCCCAUGCCAUCCCAAGCUCCAUCCAGCAGCCACCAAGCCCAAUAUCUGGCGCAACAGCAGUCGCAACAGCAGCCGCAGCCACAGCCUCAGACGCGAAAGCGUCGUAAUGGCCAGACCCCUGCAGUUCCUGUCAAGUUGCAGCGGAGUUCUAUGGGCUACGAGUCGACGCCCAAGAAUUCCCGUGCUGCACCCCCGGCCGAAGCUCGGUCCGCCCCAGAGGACAGCCGCAACUCAAAGGAGGAACAGAAGGAGCGACGCAAGCGGCAGCAUGAGGAUCUGUUCACCAAGGAGCUCACCCUGCUGGCCAAUGGCAUGCGGACGGCGCAGAAGGAAAUGCUCGACGACUUCUUCAAGCAGCAGAGAAAGUUCGCCCGGAGCGAGCACCUUUUCCAGAUGAAGCAAGACUCUCUGGUGAUGAAGGCAUUGCGCAAACAAACGGAUGCUCUGCUGCAAGUUGCCAACGAGCUGAUAGGAGACAACCACGCGCCGAAGAUGGAGAAGGAUAAUCGUGAGACUAGUGCAGAGAAAAAUACGGAAAAGAAAGAAGAUAUAGCCGAGGAGAAGGAAAAUAAAGCUGCGGAAAAUGAAGACAAAGCUGAGGAGAACGAAGAUGCUGAUGCCGAUGGUGCGGAUUCGGAGAACGAGGAGGAUGAUGAAGAUGCCGAAGAAGAGGACGAGGAAGAGUAUGAUGAUGAGGAAAACAUGAACUUUGAAAGCGAGAUGGACAUAUGCACAAUGGCAAUGUCCGAAUCGGCCAAGAGCCACAGCCAUGAUGAGUCCAGCGACGGCGACGCUCACAGCGAGGCCGAGUAGUAGUUUCCACCCCCGUAGAUCCCUAGUAUUACCCCCAAAAAGUAAUUAGACAUUUUAG